GAAAUGCUAAAUUUCAUUUCAGUUCAAUUAGUGAAAAUAAAGAGGCGGUUUCUCCCCACUCAGAUUCAUGAGUCCCCUCCGGGUCAUGGACCCUGCCUGGCUGGACACCCUGAGGCAGCUGCUUCAGUCCCAAGGGCUGCCUUCCAGGCAGGGCUUGCUCCUGUCCCUCCAGAGCUGGGAGCCGUCACGGGACGUAUGUCAGAGAGCUCCCUCCCCAGGUCAGUGGGGGGGGUGGAUGGACCCUAGGGAGGGCUGCUGAUGCCUGUAGCUUCUCCCAGGCUCCACCCCGCCUGCUUCCACUCAAGGAGGAAGAGAAGGAAGAGAUGGUCUGGCCUCCUCGGAGGCUGGGGCCUCUGUGGGUUGGCUUCUUUCCUCCAGCACCCCCACCCAACACAGCACCCCUUCAGAGAUGCUUACCCAGUGGCUCCCGCUGGCCUGUGCCCCCGCCAUCCCCAUGGCCACUCCGUUCUGUUGACUUCAAGAGGUUUUGCUCCCAGGCCUGACCCUGUCCCUCCCCUGCUCAGAGCCUCUCCUGGUCAAAACCCCAUGCUCUGAUAGCCCCAAACGGAAAAGAAUACAAGUAUCUUUCCACCUGGCAAAUGGGUACACACGAUGCACAGCUAAGACGGGUACUGCGCAGCACUAACUCAGAACUGUUAUGUUCCAGAAAGAAGCUGGCCAUCAAAGGCCGCCUGGCGUUUGCCACUGUUUCCAUGAAAUGUCCGGAAGAGGCAAAUCUGUGCAGACGGAAAGGCCAGCUUUACCUUCUACUCGCCCAGAAUGUGACCGUGGAUGAGGUCAUUGGCGCCUACAAGCAGGCCUGCCAGAAGCUGAACUGCAGACAGAUCCCCAAGCUCCUCAGGCAGCUCCAGGAGUUCACGGACCUCGGGCACCGCAUUGAUUGUCUGGACCUGAAAGGCGAGAAGCUUGACUACAAGACCUGCGAGGCCCUGGAAGAGAUCUUCAAGAGGCUGCAGUUUAAGGUCGUGGAUCUGGAGCAGACGAACCUGGAUGAAGAUGGUGCCUCGGCCCUCUUUGACAUGAUCGAGUACUACGAGUCAGCCACCCACCUCAACAUCUCCUUCAACAAGCACAUCGGCACACGGGGCUGGCAGGCUGCCGCCCACAUGAUGCGCAAGACCAGCUGCCUACAGUACCUGGAUGCCCGCAACACGCCCCUGCUGGAUCACUCAGCGCCCUUCGUGGCCCGUGCCCUGCGCAUCCGCAGCAGCCUCGCAGUGCUGCACCUGGAGAACGCCAGCCUGUCGGGGCGGCCCCUCAUGCUGCUCGCCACGGCCCUGAAGAUGAACAUGACUCUGCGGGAGCUGUACCUGGCCGACAACAAGCUCAAUGGCCUGCAGGACUCGGCCCAGCUGGGCAACCUGCUCAAGUUCAACUGCUCCCUUCAGAUCCUGGACCUCCGUAACAACCACGUGCUAGACUCAGGUCUGGCCUACAUCUGCGAGGGCCUCAAGGAGCAGAGGAAAGGGCUGGCGACCCUGGUGCUCUGGAACAACCAGCUGACACACACGGGCAUGGCCUUCCUGGGCAUGACACUGCCGCACACGCACAGCCUGGAGACGCUGAACCUGGGCCACAACCCCAUCGGGAACGAGGGCGUGCGCAACCUCAAGAACGGCCUCAUUGGCAACCGCAGCGUACUGCGCCUCGGCCUGGCCUCUACCAAGCUCACGUGCGAGGGCGCGGUGGCGGUGGCGGAGUUCAUCGCCGAGAGCCCCCGCCUCCUGAGACUGGACCUUCGGGAGAACGAGAUCAAGACGGGCGGGCUCAUGGCACUGUCGUUGGCCCUCAAGGUGAACCACUCUCUGCUGCGCCUGGACCUUGACCGCGAGCCCAAGAAGGAGGCGGUGAAGAGCUUCAUUGAGACGCAGAAGGCGCUGCUCGCUGAGAUCCAGAACGGCUGCAAGCGCAACUUCGUGCUGGCGCGGGAGCGGGAGGAGAAGGAGCAGCGGCUGCAGCUGUCGACCUCCAUGCCCGAGAUCACCGUCACCGAGCCCCAGCCCGGCGACGAGCCCGAGCCCGGGCCUGGGGAGGAGCCCGCCGCCCAGGCGCAGGAGAACGGGGCCGCGGCCCCCGGCCCUGGGCCAGACUCAGACUCAGACUCAGACUCCGAGGGCGAGGACGGGGAGAGGGCUGAGGCCCCCUGCCCAGCCCUGGUGCCCCCCACGGACUCCCUGGGCCCUGGAGACAGGAGCCCCCCAGGCUGCCCCUCCUCCCCCUCUGAGCACUGCAUUUCCGUGUCCAGCCCGGGCCGGGGCCACAAGGUAUUUGUGGUGACCCGGGUGGAGAGUCCACCCGAGAGGGCAGCACCUCCUGUGCCACCCGCCCUUCCUUCCCUGCCUGCCCCUCCCUGUCCCCCGUCCCCAUCUGCCUCAGCCUCCCCUCCUACCUCGCCUGCCCUCUCGCCAGCUGAGGCCAUCAACACUCGGGACCCAGGGUCAUCCGAGCCUCAGCCCCAGUCGGAGCCGCCCCAGCCGGGGCCACCGCUGCCCAACGGCCUGAAGCCUGAGUUUGCCCUCGCACUGCCCCCAGAGCCGCCGCCAGGGCCCGAGGCCAAGGCAGGCAGCUGUGGCCUGGAACAUGAGCUGAGCUGCUCCAAGAACGAGAAGGAGCUCGAGGAGUUGCUUCUGGAAGCCAGUCAGGAAUCUGGGCAGGAGACACUGUGACACUUUAGUUCCUUUCUUCUGGUCGGUCUUCGAUGAGCUGAGGCCAGAGCCAUGAGAAUCUGCUCACCCUCACCCCCAGCCUUCCUGAGGCCCAGGACGCCAGGGGGUGGGGGGCCUUCUUGGGGACCCCUGCCCCCCGCAGCAACACUACACGGGGUGCAGGAGCUACAGGGAGUGGCCCUCCCCACCCUGACUUAAGCACUUCUAUUUAUGUGUCUGACACUCGACUCUGGGCUGGGGGUGGAUGGGAGGAGGAACGGGAGGAGGUGGGUACGUCUCUGAGGACAUUGGCCACCAGGCCAGGCGCCUUUCCCCAGGGGCCCGUUUGGCCAGGCUCACCUCGUCGAGGCCAGGAGUCCUAGGUGGUGGUGGGAUGGUCCCCCGGUGGCCCCGGGCACAGGACCAGGCAGCAGGCUCGGGAGGGGCGGUGAGUGGUGGUGGUGGUGGUGGUUGGCAUUCGUAGAGCAGCUCCAGGCGGGGAGAGGGCCUGG